GCGUCGAUAUGUCAUCGCUCACCAUAGAUCCUUGCACGGGCGGAGUAUCCGCGCUCUCUCGACCUCCUCGCGACAACUAAAAUUGCUGAAAGACCCAGAGAUUACCUCACCAGAAACGACAGCAGCGGCAGCAGUCAGCGCGGCCGUUGAGCCACCCUCUACCCGUUCCGGUCCUCCCAGCCCUAAUGACCGAGUCCCCGCUUCGUACGAAGGCGAGCAGCAUAUCAAAGAAAGGCUAGCGGAGAUGCCUCUCAAAUUCCUGGAUCGGCCGCUCGGGAUGGCCCUCCCACCGAAUACGAAGCACAAGCUGAGGCAGGACGUAGAGGCUGAUUUAGCCGCGAGGGAGAAGAAGCUCAAAGAGAGAGAACAUUUGGUCAAGCAGGUUCUGACUGGGUACUACAAUGAUGUGCACCAACUGAAGUAUCAUGGUGGCAAACGCUGGAUUGCUCCAGAGGUGUUGGUCAGAGCUGACAUGGCUCUGUACUUUCCCGACUUGGAAGGCACGUCGCUGAGCGAAAAUAAGACUGUGCACACCACCGAUCUGUGCAAGGGGAAGAUCACAAUCUUGUGCAUUAUCGGCUCGCAAAUGGCUGAGACGCACAUUGCGGAGUAUACGAAGAUGGUUUUGACGAGCUUUGGAAACGAUCCAAGGUUUCGGUUUGUUCAAAUCAACUUGCAAGAAAACCCGCUGAAGGCUUUUCUUGUUUCCAUGUUCACCCGACGCAUCAAAUCCCAAGUCCCCCCGCAAUACCACGCGACCUAUUUACUCUCCUCCUACAACAUGGAGUACUACCGGGAGCCCCUAGGUUGCACGAACAAGAUGCUUGGGUAUGUGUACCUUCUGGACGAGGACUGCAAGAUCCGUUGGGCGGCAGGUGGGCAUCCGAACCCUGAAGAACAGGUGUCGCUGCAUAAGUGCACAGGUGUGCUGUUGAAGAGGUUGAGGCAGACGGGCAACACUAAGGCAUCUCGACCUGCUGUUUCCUCUGUGCAGUCGACCAAGGGAGGCAAGAAGUAGAUACAUUUCUUCGGUACACACUGCGAGACAUGCCCAGAGGGCACACAUACUCCGAAAUUUUCGUGAAAUCACGGCUUUCAUUGGCAUCGCCCCCGUUCCCA